GAACGUUGAUUCGAUAAAGUUUCAACGGGUACUCGAAAUUGGAUUUGUGGCUGGUUGUUCCAUCCACCAAGAGCAUCAUGGCAGCACUCGUGGCGAUGGAAGACGUUCGCGCGUACCUGCAGUCGCAAGAGUCCAUGGAGGCGCAGUUUGAAGAGGACGUGGCGCGCAACCCGUACUCGAUCGAGACAUGGACGUCGUACCUCAACUUGCUGCACACGAAACCCAGCGGACACCGUUUGUCCAAGGAGCGUGUGGCGCUGUUUCGCCGCGCUCUGUCGUACGUCCCAUUGAGUUACAAGCUAUGGAAGCGUUUCCUGGACGAAAGCUACGCGUUGGUGCGCGGACUUCGCAUUGACCGCCCCGAACUCGUCGAGCUCACGCUCUUGUACGAAGACGCGUUGGUGCAUCUGCACAAGAUGCCGCGCAUAUGGCUACAGUACCUGUCCCUUCUCGACCACCUCCGCUGGGGCACGCGUACCCGUCGCGUGUUCGACCGCGCGCUUCGAGCGCUCCCCAUCACCCAGCACAAGCGCAUCUGGGGUCCAUACCUCGCGUUCAUCCAUGCGCAGGGAGUUGCGUCCACGGCGAUCCGCGUCUACCGCCGCUUCCUCAUGUUCGAUCCGUCCGGCCGCGAAGAGUACGUCCGCUACCUCCUCUCCAUGGAGCUGUGGGAAGAGGCCAGCAUCCAGCUCGUGCAUGUGCUCAACCAGCCGCAUCCCCCGUCCUCCCGCCAUGCUCUGUGGAUGGAACUGUGCAGCCUCAUCAGCUCCCACCCCGACGACAUCAGCUCCGCGCUCAACGUCGACGCCAUCUUGCGCUCGGGUGUGCAUCUGUUCUCGGACGAAGUCGGCCGCUUCUGGUGCGCGCUGGCCACCUAUUACAUGCGUCUUGGCAUGUUUGAAAGUGCUCGGGAUGUGUACGAAGAAGGCUUGGCCGCGGUGCUGACGGUGCGCGAUUUUUCGCUCAUUUUUGACGCUUACGUCAAGUUUUUGGAAGCGCUGGUCACGGCGGAAAUGCAGGACCCAACUAGCCCUGAGCUAUCGCGUACUUUGCAUCUGUACGAAGACUUGGCGGAGCGGCGGCCUCUGCUCUUGAACGCCGUGUACCUUCGCCAGAACCCCCACUCUGUAGCCCACUGGCACCAGCGCAUCGCACUCACUAGUACUAGUGCUAGUACUACUAGUAGUACUCCGUCGCCCAUCUUGAUUGUGCAAACGUACACGGAAGCGUUGAAAACAAUCGACUCGACCUUAGCCGUGGGCGCUUUGAGCUCGCUUUGGAUCUCAUUUGCCAGCUUUUACGAAGCCCACAAUGACGUGGCAAACGCUCGCGCCGUCUUUGAAAAAGCGCGACACCGUUUGGCGUCGUCAUUCCGAUCUCUGGACGAACGUGCGGCUAUUGUGUGCGCGCAAAUCGAGCUCGAGCUGCGACACGGGGCGUACGACGCGGCACUCGAGUUCGCGCGCGCCGCGUGCCGCCAAAAGCCAGUGAUGCGAUCGUUAAAGCUGUGGCACUUGCGGGUGGAUCUCGAGGAAUCGCUGGGCGAUGUGCCAUCCACUCGAAGUGCGUACGAGCACUUGAUUGACCUCAAGCUGGCCACGCCCGUGUUGGUGCUACAGUUUACGGCUUAUUUGGAGACCCACGAGUACUUUGAAGACGCGUUUCAUGUGUACGAGAAAGCCGUGCAGCUAUUUCCAGCGUUCCCCCAUGCAAAACCCAUCUGGACGGCGUACCUUGCGGCAUUUACCCACAGAUAUCAAGGCACUAAGCUGGAGCGGGCCAGGGAUUUGUACGACCAGGUGCUCAAUGUGGCACCAGUUGCCGAUAUGGCCGAUUUUUACAAACAGUACGCUGCCCUCGAAGAAAAGUAUGGACUGUGGCGCAAUGCGCAGACGAUUUAUGAGCGUACGUGAUAUAUAUAUAUGUAUAUUUAUUUAUAUUUAUAUAUAUUUAUGUAUGUAUUUUGAGGCUAAAUACUUCGACUGUGGCGCAAUGCGCAGACGAGAUUUAUGAGCAGGCGACGACCAAAGUCGAGUCACUCCCACAUGUCCAGCUCGAGUUGUACCAGUUUUACAUCAAAAAAGCACAGCAAUUAGCGGGUGUCGUGGCCGUUCGCGCCAUUUACGAGCGCGCGAUGGGCCACCUCCCGAAUGAAACUGUAUGGCAACUGGGGCUUGAGUUCUGCCGCUUCGAAACGCUGCUGGGCGAAUUGCAUAGAGCCAGAGCCAUCUAUGCCCAUAUUGGGCAGUGUUGUGACCCCCGCCAACACGAAGAUUCGUUCUGGAGCAAGUGGCAUGCAUUUGAAAUCGAGCACGGGAACGAAGAAACCUUCCUCGACAUGCUUCGGAUCAAGCGCAGUGUGCAGAUGUUGUACGCUACCGUCAAUUAUAUUGGCACGGCUGCCGGCGCGCUCAAUAUGGUGGCUAGUAGCACCAACCAGGCAGCGCCUACUAGUAUUACUAGUAGUAGUACGAUUGUGCCCGGAGAUGCCAUGGAAACACUCGAAAAGGAAGACCAGACGACCAACGACGAAGAGAUAGACAUUGACGAACAGCCCGUGCCUGAAGCCGUGGUUCGCGGCAAAGUGUUUUAACUAGUAGUAGAUACUAACUAGAUGGGAUUGUUUUUAUUCGAUGGACCA